AUGGGUUACAUUAAUUUUUUUAAAGAUAAAUCCUUUGCUAUCCAAAACUGUGAUAAGAGCUUCAGUCGGAAAACUACCUUUAUUUAUCAUAAAAGGAUCCAUACAGGAGAAAAACCGUACACAUGCCUGGAGUGCGGGAAGAGCUUUGGACGGAAUAGUAGCCUUAUGCAACAUAAAAGGACUCACACCGGGGAGAAACCGUACCAAUGCUUGGUAUGUGGAAAGAGUUUCAGUGGAUCCUCGGAUCUCAUGUACCACAAGAGGAUUCAUACAGGGGAGAGACCGUAUAAAUGUCCGGAGUGCGGAAAGCGAUUCAGUAGGAGAAGUCGCCUUACAGCUCACAAAAGAAAACACACAGGGCAGAAACCGUACAUAUGCCUGGUGUGCGGAAGGAGAUUCAGUCAGAGCGGCCACCUAACAAGUCAUAAAAGAACCCACACCGGGGAGAAACCAUUCGCGUGCUUGAAAUGCGGAAGGAAGUUUAGUAGAAGAUCAAGCCUUGUGAUCCACGUGAGAAUCCACACGGGGGAGAGCCCAUAUAAAUGUACAGAAUGCGGGAAGGGCUUCCGUCAGAGAACUACCUACAUUUACCAUCGAAGGAUCCACACCGGAGAAAAACCCUUCAAAUGCCUGGAGUGUGGGAAGAACUUCAGGCGAAACUGUCACCUUAAGAAGCAUAAACGGAUGCACACUGGGAAGAAAUUGUACCAGCGCUAGGACUGCGAAAAGAACGCCCACUUUCACUCAAAUGUGGCUUAUCAUAGAAGCACAGGUAGUCCUCAACUUAUUUAGUGACCUUUCAAAGAUACGACAACACUGAAAAAGGAGAUCCAUAUGUGAAAUACUGAAGUGGUGAUGACUGGAGUGACAUUCAGUGGGAAAUGCCGUCUCAUUGCACCUAAAUAAACCCAGAUGGAAGAACCAUAAAAAUGUGGGAAUGGGUUAAAACUCAGCACUGCCUUUGUUUCCCUAUGAGCGUAAAUGAACUUUUGGAACCAGUAUUCCGCCCCCUCUCCCCCCCAAAAAAUACAUACAUAUCUGAAUUUGAUUCAUCUUCAGGAAAGCUAAACUUGCAGACUGAAGAGCUGAUCCAUGCGGGAGAGAUAAUAUAUCAAGACAUGAAGCAAAGCCACUAUUUAAGAGGACAUGUCUUUUUAAAUACUAGAAAAGUUCCACUUGGGAGAGAAACUAUAAAAGAGUGGAACAUGGAAAGAGUUCGUGUUUUUAAUUUCAUAAGUCUUCAUCAACAAAUUAUGAGCCACACACCACAUUGUUAGGCCAAUCUUGAAUAUUUUUCUUGAUGUAAUCUGGGGCUGUUGUAUGAGAGGCUGUUGAGGAUUAUAUGGUUGGGCAGGGUUCAAAUCCCAUGAAAACAGACUGAUGCCGAUGGGAAUGUUUAGCCUUGUAAAAAAAGCAAAUAAGAAAGAUUUGAUAUCUCUUGAAGCAUUUAAUGUGACAUCUCAUAGAUGAUAGGUUUGUCCUGCAGUGCAGAAUAAAUAUAGUAGAAUCAGGUUUAAUGUUACAAAAAUAUUAUGAUAGUGAUGAAAUUCUCAAACACUCAAUAACUACCUCUGCUGACCCUCCUCCCUUAAUAAAUACAGGAAAAUCCUUCCUCCUUUCCACAAAUCCCCAUUUGAUGCAACUUUGUACAAAUUUACUACGGUGCUUGUCCUUUAAUUUCACAAUAAAAUAUUGGAAUUUUCUAAAGAC